UGAAAAUAAAUCGAUUAUUGACCUAACCGUAACCUCAAAGUUCAAUCACAGCUUCACAGCUCUCAGCGUCACUCACAGCUGACUUGAAUUUAUUUGUUCCGGAUUUUAGGUUUGUUUCUUGAAAUCAUCAAAUUUAUUUGUUAAAAGUUUUGUACUGUUCGGGCUGAGUUAUACUUCUCUUGUAGUAAUGGCGGUUACCGCAGAUAUUAGUUUACCUUCAAUCGAAGAACUUACAGUUGAUGAAGUAAAAUUGAGUGGGGUUCCAUUGCGAGCAGCUGCAUUUCAUUUGGGCAAAUAUUGCGAAUGGCCCAACGACGAAUUCAUGCUUUGUCGCAACGAACUGGAUGAUCCCCGUAAAUGCAUAUCCGAAGGUAAAGCUGUUACUUCAUGUACACUUGAUUUCUUUCGUAAGGUGAAGAGACAUUGUCGCAAUGAAUUCGAAAACUACUACCACUGUAUUGAUAGGUCCAGUGCUGAUUAUGACUUCAGUGUUUGUCGCAAAACCCAGACCACAUUCGACAAAUGUAUGCUAGAUGAGUUGAACAUUGAGCGACCCGAUUUUGGGUACUUUUCUAGACCAAAAAUUCAUAAAGCUGAAAGACCGAAGCCGCCCCCUGAACAGAUCCAGGUGUUUUCCGAUACACCGGAUGAUUUGCCCGAUGACUACCCAAGACAACCAACAAAAUAUGGCACUCGGUUCUACUUCUACGCCUGAACAAAACUGUUGAGCUUCUCAUAGACUAAACUAGCCUAUAGUAUUUGAGUUGUUAUAAACUAUAAAUCACUGCUCUUUUGUUCAAUUAUUAUAGUAUCCCUUUAAAACAUACCAGAUGUUAAAUGAGGUCCAUAUUAUAUGCCAACUCAAAUUCUACUUUAACACAUUCCGAUAUAUAUGUAUCCAUUUCGUGUCUAUCUGUUCUUUUAAUAAACUUUUUUUGUGAAAUUA